GAUGAGGCCUGUGUGGGGUUGGGCAUGGCUUUGGGCGGGCUAAGGGAAACGGGGCCGGCCUAGCCCGGUGUUCUGUGUUGCUGCCGCUAGGCGAAUGCGGGUGUGCGUUGUGUCAGUGAAGUAAAGACUGGGAAGGGGUGAGGCACCAUGUUCAGCUGGCUGUCUGAGGCCCGCGGGAAGGACUCCACGGUGUUUAGCACUGUGUCCGAGGGCCUGCGCUCCCUGUACAACAAAAGGCUGCUCCCGCUGGAGGAUUACUACCAGUUCCAUCACUUCCACUCGCCCGCCCUGGAGCAGGCCGACUUCGAGAACAAGCCCAUGGUGCUGCUGAUCGGCCAGUACUCUACCGGCAAGACCACCUUCAUCAGAUAUCUACUGGAACAAGACUUCCCUGGGAUGAGGAUUGGACCUGAACCGACAACUGAUUCCUUCAUUGCUGUGAUGUAUGGGCAAGAGGAGGGGAUCAUUCCUGGCAAUGCGCUUGUGGUUGAUCCCAAAAAGCCCUUUCGGAAGCUAAAUUCCUUUGGGAAUGCUUUUCUAAAUAGAUUCAUGUGUGCUCAGCUUCCAAACCAAGUGCUGGAAAGCAUAACUAUCAUUGACACGCCUGGAAUCCUCUCUGGGGAGAAGCAACGUAUGAGCAGAGGUUAUGACUUUUCAGAAGUUUUGCGAUGGUUUGCUGAGAGGGUUGUUCGUAUCAUCCUGUUGUUUGAUGCUCACAAGUUGGAUAUAUCUGAUGAGUUUUCUGAGGCUAUCAAGGCACUGAAAGGCCAAGAUGAUAAGAUCCGAGUUGUCUUGAACAAGGCAGACCAAGUUGAUACACAGCAACUCAUGAGGGUGUAUGGAGCAUUGAUGUGGUCCCUUGGCAAAGUGAUUGACACCCCAGAGGUUGUACGUGUCUACAUUGGCUCCUUCUGGUCCAAACCUCUGCAGAUUACAGAAAAUCGGAAACUUUUUGAGUUGGAAACAGAAGACCUCUUCAGGGACAUUAAGAGUUUACCUCGCAAUGCUGCCCUUCGCAAACUCAAUGAUCUCAUCAAACGAGCCAGGCUUGCAAAGGUUCAUGCCUAUAUCAUCAGUUAUUUGAAGAAGGAGAUGCCAGCUGUUUUUGGGAAAGAACUCAAGAAAAAGGAGAUGAUAAGUAGACUUGAAGAGAUAUAUUUCACACUCCAGCAGGAGCAUAAUAUCUCUGCUGGUGAUUUUCCCAACGCCCUGGAUAAAUGCGAGGUUUGA